CAGAGCUCUCAUAAUAACUGUGAGUGAUUCGAAGAGAAGAGAAAGUAAUCUGCAACCAUGAAUUCAUUGACUGUUUUUUGUCCUGCUUUGCUGAUCUGGUCGUGCCACAUAAAGCAAAGUUGGUCCAAUGACACUACUGGAUACCAAGCAGAAGAAAAGUUGACAACUGAGUAUGAGUAUUCCACAGAAGUAGUGGACUACAACGGGCUUGAAAUGAUGUGUGAAAAAAUGGCCAACCGCAAAUUUCGUGCCUGGUUCCUACCCACCAUCUAUACCAUAAUCUGCCUCCUAGCUCUUAUGGGAAAUUUUCUGGUCAUCCUAACCUACCUUUACUUCAAGAGGCUGAAGACGAUGACCGACGUCUACCUGCUCAAUCUAGCAAUGGCUGACCUACUGUUUGCAAUUUCUCUCCCCUUCUGGGCAGCUAGUUUUAUGAGCAAGUGGCAUCUGGGACAGUAUCCAUGCAAGGCCAUGUUUACCAUCUACAAGGUCAGCUUCUUUAGUGGCAUGUUCCUGCUCACCUGUAUCAGUGUAGAUCGGUACUUCUCCAUAACGAAGGCUGUCUCUGCUCAUCGCUGCCGCUCCAAUGCUGUAUAUUACGGACAGGUGUCUUCUCUGGUUACCUGGGUGAUGGCAGUGACCUUCUCUGUACCUGACUUGGUGUUCUCUGAAGUCAACUUCAAUGGCACAUGUGUAGCAAAUGGUAAAGACUAUGAAGACUAUCAUGUUAGAAUGCUGGUUAGUCAGAUGGUCCUGGGUUUCAUACUUCCUGCAAUUGUCAUGGGGUUCUGUUACAUCUGCAUAAUCAAGACACUCAUCCAAGCCAAGAACUUUGAGAGGAAUAAAGCCUUCAAGGUAAUCAUUGCUGUGGUAGCAGUCUUUGUGUUCACCCAACUACCCUACAAUGUAGUCAUGGGGGUGACCACCCAAGUAACAAUGGAUUGCCACAAUGACAACAGUCGUCUUUACGCUAUGGAUGUGACGCGGGCUGUGGCCUUCUUGCGCUGCUGUGUGAACCCAUUCCUGUAUGCCUUCAUUGGAAUAAAGUUUCGCAAUGAUCUUCUGAAGCUAUUCAAAGACUUGGGCUGCAUCAGGAAAAGCCAUCUCCUGUACACCCACUGUGGUAAACGAAGAUCCUCAGUUGGUCUGGAGACCGAAACCACCACAACAUUUUCCCCCUGAAUGCUCCUAUCCACUUGAGAGAUCAGAUUCCAAAAACUGUUUUGUCAUUCAUGUAACUCACUUUAGUAAUACAGUGCUAAAUCAUGUAUUAGCUCUAUUUAGAGAAUACUGCCUGAAGAGGACAAAAAUAUACUGUUAAUUAUUUUCUAUAGAUUGUUAAUUGUAACUUAUUGUACACAGUUGAGCAAAAACCUGUUCCUGUUUUUAAACAAAGAGCUUUUGACUUGAUUUUGAUUGCCCUUUUCAAAGAGUAAAAUCGCUUAUAACUUUGUUAUAUGAUAUAGCCUUAUUUCGUUACAUGCAUAAUUGCACAGAAUUACAUUUAAUUACUAAUUGUUCACAAAGAUGUGGUCAAUUAACAGUAAAUCAAUUACCAACAUAAUCCCAUAUUAUGGUUUAAUUAUGGCACUUUGAAAUAUCCUUCCUCUAUUCACUUUUCUAAAAUGAU